GCCGCGCCUCUGCGCGCACAGAGGGUCUGGGGGGGCACAAUGGGGCCAAACGGUCCCCGUGCGCUCCUGCUUCUGCUGCUCGUGCUCUCCAGCUCCAGAUCGCGGGCUUCCCAGAACUGCCUCAGCAAACAGCAGCUCCUCAUGGCCAUCCGUCAGCUGCAGCAGCUGCUGAAGGGCCAGGAGACGCGCUUUGCCGAGGGCAUCCGCAGCAUGAAGAGCCGGCUUGCCACGCUCCACAACUCUGUGAACAGAGGGGGCCCAGACACCCCGCAAGUUUCCUGCCCGGCUCUGCACACGCCUCCCGAUGGCAGAAAGUUUGGGAGCAAGUACUUCGUGGAUCACGAAGUCCACUUCACUUGCAACCCUGGCUUCCAGCUGCUCGGGCCCAGCAGUGUGCUGUGUCUUCCCAACGGCACCUGGACAGGGGAGCAGCCCCGCUGCAGAGAUAUCAGCGAAUGCUCCAGUCAGCCUUGCCAAAAUGGUGGAACUUGUGUGGAAGGAAUCAGCCAGUACAAAUGCAUCUGUCCUCAGGGAAGGACAGGAAGUCGCUGUCAGCAUCAGACCCAGACUGCCGCCCCCGAGGCCAGCAGCCCGUCCUUCAGCCGCGCGCCCCGCUGCGCGCAGGUGGAGCGGGCGCAGCACUGCAGCUGCGAGGCGGGAUUCCACCUGAGCGGCGCCCCCGCCGGCGACGGCGUCUGCCAGGAUGUGAACGAGUGUGAGCUCUAUGGACAGGACGGCCUGCUCGGGCUCUGCAUGCAUGCCUGCGUGAACACCCCUGGAUCCUACCGCUGCAGCUGCCCCCCUGGGUACCGGAUCCUGGGGGACGAGAAGAGCUGUGAAGAUAUCGAUGAGUGCGUGAGUCCACAGCAGGUGUGCCCCCCAGGGACCACGUGCAUCAACACUGGAGGAGGCUUCCAGUGCGUCAGCCCACAGUGUCCCGAGGGCAGUAGCAAUGUCAGCUACGUGAAGACGUCUCCCUUCCAGUGUGAGCGAAACCCCUGCCCCAUGGACAGCAGACCGUGCCGCCACUUGCCCAAGACCAUCUCUUUCCAUUACCUCUCCCUGCCCUCCAACCUGCAGACUCCCGUCACGCUCUUCCGCAUGGCCACCACGGCCUCUGUGCCGGGCCGAUCUGGACCCAACAGCCUUCGAUUUGGGAUCGUGGGUGGGAACAACCGCGGCCACUUUGUGAUGCAGCGCUCCGACCGGCAGACGGGAGAGCUGAUCCUCAUCCAGCCCCUGGAAGGGCCGCAGACGCUGGAGGUGGACGUGGACAUGUCCGAAUACCUGGACCGCUCCUUUCAGACCAACCACAUGUCAAAGGUCACCAUCUUUGUGUCCCCUUAUGACUUCUAG